AUGUCUAAAGUCCAAACGCUGAGAGCUUUUGUCCAGCAGCGACUAAGUGCGGCUGCUGAAGAGAUAUUUGAGCUGUUUGAAAGAACGAUAGCAGAGUACGAGGAGGAACUUUGUGGACAACGCAAACUACUGGACGCUGUUUUCAAGCCUGAAGUCCGGUUACACAGAGCAGUCUCAACAGACGUCCAGCGGCUGUUUGUGCGUAAAGAAGAGGUUUCCCCUGAGCAGCAGCAAUGGAGCUCCAGUCUGGACCAGGAGGACCCACCAAAGCCCCCACAGAUUAAAGAGGAGUGGAGCCAGGAGGACCCAUCAGAGCCCCCACACAUUAAAGAGAAACAGGAGGAACUCCGGACCCGUCGGAAGGACUGUGGAGGACCAGAACCAGCCUGGAACCCAUAUCCAGAGAGACAUUCACAUCAAGCUAUUGAUGAUAAGACGUCACCAUCAUCUGAACCGGACACUGAAGACAGUUGUGAUUGGGAACAUCAGUCUGCUUUAAACCCUCUGCAAAACAAUAAAAUUGAUGCAUCUGUAAUGAAAGAUGAAGACCUGGCAAAGCACCUCUCUAAAGCUGGAGAUAGAAACGCUGCUGUGGCCUUCUGCCGGCAAGCCAGUGCAUCACUUGACGCAUGCAGGAAAGACGCUGUACUUAAAAGGCUGGGGCAGAGAUGGCCGUCUGGAGUACCUGUAAAAAACAAGGCAUUAGCAGGAAAUACAAAUGCAAAAAAAAAAGAGAGACGGGUUCAGCUUGGAUGGAUGGAUUACGAUGAAAAACUGAAACGGUACAAACUAGUGAAAGCAGUAAAUGGGGGGGGGACGAGACACCUGACCAUCGACAAGGAUAAAACAGCGGUGGAAAUCAAAGAACUAGCUGAACGCCUGUUUUUCCCAAAUGGUUUUUCAAAAAAAAGGACAAAGCUCUCAGAUUAUUCAACUAAAAUGAAGUCGUCCCAGGUCCAUGUCAACAGUUGGAGCACUGUAGAAUGCUUAUACGAAGUAAGCCAAGCAAAAAUUCUGAGACUGUAUCUUCGUACCAAAAAAGUAACACUGGAGCCGUCGUCAGACGAAGAGGAAGCACAGACGCGCUUCCCUUCAUCCCCUCUUAUUGAUUUCAAAGGACGUGAGCCACAUUGUUCAACUGAGCUACAAGAUAGGGAUGACAGGGUUCACCAAGAGCUCGACCUCCACAUUGUAAUUGGGGCUGUGGGCGAAUCACAGAAUAACCAGCCAGCACAGAGACCGGAUGUUUCUUUGAUCGACCAGCCGAUGCAGGGACCGGACGAACCACAGCCUGGCCCUUCUGCAGAGCCAUGGAACGACCAGUGUUGGGAUCACAGGGGCCUCACAGUUAUCAUGUGAGUCAUUGAACUAUUUCGCAAGUAUUCAGCCCACAAACUCAACCUCGGCUAGGAUCUGUCAGUUACCCCGGACUUCUGCCGUUACGUUAUUGAUAAAAGACGCUGUGCGACUUUACUCUCUAACUCUCCUCUUCCCCUGCUCCUCUGCUCCACUCGUACUCUGGUCACCGGCCCGACUCGCCAGCGACCUCCCAGCGUGGACUGUACGAACCAGACAAGCAAACACUAAUCUUACAGUCACGACACAAUGGCCGCUUCUUCCCCACCUGGCUGGAUUCACAACGGACCUACCAGCUAACAACUAGCAGCCAAAGCAACACUUCUUCCCCGACAGACCAGGGGUCUCAUUUAUAAACGGUGCGUACGUACAAAACAGGGCUGCAAAAGUGCGGACGCCGCUUCCCAAGCA